UAGAGUGUUUACCUUCACCUAAGAUCAAAUAUAAGUGUUUAUAUACAUAUUAUUGCCAAAAAAAUAAAACGCGAGCGUCCAAAAUGAUACUACCUACAUAUACAAUAUACAAUAUUGUGUAUAUUGUAUACGAUACUACAUAUACAAUAUUUAAAAGAAUAUUCUCUGCAUUACUUGCAUAGCUAUUACAAACAACUGCCUACGAAAUAAAGCAGUGUUAGAUGACGCCCCUUGUCAAAACUGAAAGGGUAUUUCCACCUAUAAAACCACAUUCUAAGUUCCAAAAUAAGCCUAUAAAAUAUCUAUUUGAUGCUAUGCUAUUAAGUUGGCCAAAGUGGGAAAGAAGAAGAAGAAGAACAACAAAUAUGUCCAAAUCUUCUAACUUUGAGUCCUACCCUCCAUUAUUUCGUCCACCACCAAACAGCCCCUCAAUUCAAGAAUCCAACUCUGAUGAAACAGAGCCACUUUUAUUCAACUCUGAUGAUAUUCCUGUUAUUGACUAUUUCAAAUGCACCACCACCAACAUCAUAACGACAACAAAAUAUCAAGACGUUGACGACGACGACAAGAAUAAUAUUUGUCAAGCUUGUAGAGAUUGGGGGUUGUUUCGUUUGGUGAACCAUGGAAUUCAAGUUACCUUAUUGAACCAAAUUGAAGAAUAUGCUAAAAAGCUCUUUUCAUUGCCCUAUGAAACUAAAAUGAGCUUAUUUUCAAGUGGCAACCCAAGCAACAAUAGUAAAGGGCAGCCCGGUAUAUGCGUGGAGUCUGGGGAAGGUUCGAAGCCAAGCAACAAUAAUGUCAAUCCAAUAUCCUAUUUUUGGGGUACCCCUGCUCUAACACCCUCUGGAGCCGCACUAUUAGCAGCACAAAACAAUGAUCCACAAGAAAAUACUAAUAACCAAAGCCUACAAUGGAUAGAAGGAUUCAAUGUUUCUUUGACUCAAUUAUCAAAUGUCCAUUAUCAAGAUUUAUUGCUCGAAACUUUCAGAUGCUUGCUGGAAGAAUAUGGGAAGGAGCAAGCUAGGGUGGCUACAGAAAUAUUCAAGAUUUUGGGACCAUUCCAGUCUAAUUAUCUGUCAAUAGACACUGGUAUAUUAAGGGUAUAUCGUUACCCUAGAUGCUUUGAGCCAGAACGAACGUGGGGCAUUGAUAUACACACAGAUAGUUCAGUACUUUCUAUAAUCCACCAAGAUGAUGUUGGAGGUCUUCAAGUUUACAAAGAUCAUCAAUGGUUUGAUGUUAAUCCUAUUCCCAAUACUCUUAUUGUCAAUAUUGGUGACAUGUUGCAGGCAAUGAGUGAUGAUAGGUAUACGAGUGUGAAACAUGGAGUGAAGGUGAACAAAAACAAGGAGAGAAUAUCAAUUGGUUAUUUUGUGUUCCCUGAAGAAGGUACUAUCAUACGAAGCACAAAGUACAACCCUUUCAGCUACGCAGAUUUUCGAGCACAAGUUCAGCAUGAUUUGAAAACAGUAGGGCUUAAGACUGGUCUCCAAAAAUUCAAAUUUACUACCCAUCAAAACUCUUAGUUAAGUUAUGUUUAUUUGAUAGGAAAAAAAAAAGAGAAGAAAAAUGGUGAAACAAUUAAUUAAUUAAUUAGCUGACUGUAACUUGUACAAGGAACUAAUUUAACUUUGGUUCAAAUAUUUUUUUUCUCUAGUUA